CACAGGGAUCUUGGAAGGAAUGAGGGCUGUGGAGGUUUAUAAGGAAGAGAGGCAGCUCAAGGUCCCAGGGCGAAAGAGUAGGCUCAAGUUGUCUAGAGGUGGUACCAGAAGAGCGGCCUUGCAGGCGCCGAGUUUUCUAGGAGCAUGGAUUUGGGCCAAGUUGUAGCCGUCAUGACCACCUUCCAAACCAAGAGGGAUCCUCUCCUCCGGGGUGUAUCACCCACCCCUAGCAAGAUUCCGGUCCGCUCGAAGAGAGGCCCGCCUCUCCCCACAGUCAAGGCCUGCGCCCUGGACCAGGAAAACCAAGAUCCAAAGAGUUUGGAGCAGAAAUUCAGUAUUCAGCGUCCCCUCGUUGAUUCAGCAGGCCCCAGACCGAAAGCCACACAUCAAACAGAGAAAUCAGAGAGAUUGGUGGGGAGCACUAAGCACCGGAACCCCUUGGAGGAGCUCAGGCCUAGCCCUAGGGGACAAAAUGUGAGGCCUGGGCCCUCUCCCCAGACAGAGGUUCCAGGAGUCGUAGAGUUUGUGGCUGACCCUGAGGCCCUGGCCACCAUCCUGUCAGGUGAGGGGGUGAAGAGCUGUCGCCUGGGGCGCCAGCCCAGUCUGGCUCAGAGAGUACUGGUUCGAGGGAGCCAGGGAGGCACCAUCCGGAGGGGCCAGGGUGCCCGGGUCUCUGCAUAUUUGGCCCCGAGAACUCCCACACACCGACCAGACCCUGCCAGGGCUUCCUGCUUUUCGAGGCUUGAGGGACCAGGACCCUGCAGCCGGACCUUGUGUGCCCAGAGGCUUGAGGCUCUGAUUCCACCUUCAGGACCUUCCUUUCAUCCCUCUGCUCGCACCAGCCUCCAGGAGCUAAGAAGAGAGACAGGCAGCAGCAGCCGGACUUCAGUGAGCCAGGCCUCAAGAUUGCUCCUGGAGACCCCAGUCCAGUCUGCUUCCUCUCUCCCUGAAGGAGAACAUGAAGUUGUCACUCACUCAGAUGAAGGAGGAGGGCGCCCCCUCAGUCUGGCGCAGUGGGUUCCAUUAAGAGAAACCCGAGAGAUAACCCACACUAGGGACAGUCGUGACUGCAACCUGAUGCCCUCCCCUGGCAGUUUGCUGCUACCAUCCAUUCCCUGUCCAUCCCCUUUUGGACUGGCUCAGCGUGUCCCCUCCCCUAGCCCCUCAGCUCGGAGCUCAUACUCAGUGUUGCGGCGUCCCGCCCUUCACCCCAAAACCCAGUUCACGCCCAUCCCAUCAGCCCCCAGAGCUCAGCAGGCCCGAUGUUUGAGUGGCCUCUCCCCUCAUUCUUGCCCUGAAGAGCCUGCCCUGCCCUGGGAGCAGAUUGCAGUCCGGUUAUUUGACCAGGAGAGUUGUGUAAGGUUGCAGGAGGGGACUGGGAAACCACCUGUGACAAAUCCUCAUGGACCCCACCACAGUACACCCCCCAACCUCCAGGAGCUCAAGAUGCAGCGCAUCAGUAUCCUGCAGCAGCUUUUGCAACAGGAGGUAGAAGGGCUGGCACGGGGCAAGUGUGCCCAUCUUAAUGAAGCCUCCUCUCUGGAUAUGGUUGAACUUCAGUCCCUGUUGGCUGAGAUUCCUAGAACUCUGAAUGGCCCAGAGCAUAAUUCAGAGGCUUUCCACCUUCCUGAACUGUUACAACAAUCUGGACUGCCAAAGCCCUGCCUUUCAGAGGAGUGUGGAGAACUACAGUGCUCCCCUAGAGCAGAGCCUGAGGUAGCUCAGCUCUGCCCUAUAGCAGAGCCAGGCCCCCCAGUGUCCUGUCAUAGGAGGGAGCCUGAGAUACCAGAGCCUACCACCCAGGAACAGCCUAAGGUAUCAGAGGCCUUCCCUCUGGUAGAGCCUGGACCCCUUCAGGUCUGCCCCCAGGGGCAAACUGGACUCUCAGAGCCCUCCCCUAGGGCAGAACCUGGGGCAUCAGAGGCCUGCUCCCUGGAACCUAGGAAUCCAGAGUCCAGCCCACAACCCUGCUGCAGUCUGUGGGCUCCAGCGACCACCAGCGUGAUAUUCUCCUCUCAGCGCCCACUUUGUGCCAGCCCCCCUAUCCGCUCACUCCAGUCUAUGAGGCCCCCAAUAGGCCAGGCAGGCCCCAGCAGUUUGGCUCCUGGAACCCUGGCCCUGAGGCAGCGUCUCAAAGCAUGUCUGACCGCCAUCCACUGCUUCCAUGAGGCGCGCCUGGAUGAUGAGUGUGCCUUCUACACCAGCCGAGCCCCACCCUCAGUCCCCUCCAGGGUCUGCACCAACCCUGUGGCUACAUUGCUGGAAUGGCAGGAAGCCCUGUGUUUUAUUCCAGUCGGUUCUGCUGCCCUUCGGGAUUCUCCGUCAUGAGGCAUCUGUCUUCUGCUCCUGCCCUACUCUUCUCCUUCCUUUUAGCCCUUAUUUAUUGUUGGUCCAUGCCAUGGGACUACGAACCGAUGCCCUUUUGUCCUUUAAUAAAGUUUCUACAAUGUCGAGAA